UUGAACAGUCCAGCCGCGGUCACACUGCAGUACACAGAAAAUUUACAUUUUUUGUUGAGAAAAUUAGGGAAUUCAACGCACAAAAGGCAAAUUACCGAGGUCCAAAACGCAAGGCGCGAUCAUCAGUCGCCCCAAGGACCAAAAGGCACUGCAGAAAUAGUCCGGGAUUUAGGGAUAUCAAGGAUAAGGGCCUUCGAACGCAACAGCCCUCCGCCGCCGCCGCCCAAAAAGAACCAACAAAAAAAAAACGACUGAGGACUGCCAACCAGCCAUAAGAAGAAGCACCCCCGCAAUCUUCAAUCUCCAAUCUCUAGAACACAAAGCACUUCACUCCAGAACUAGAAAUCCAACCCGGAAACUAGCACCAUGCAGGCGAUCAAGUGCGUCGUCGUCGGCGACGGUGCCGUGGGAAAAACCUGCCUGCUGAUCAGCUAUACGACCAAUGCCUUUCCCGGCGAGUACAUACCCACCGUUUUUGACAAUUACUCGGCCAAUGUAAUGGUCGAUGCCAAGCCCAUUAACCUGGGCCUCUGGGAUACGGCCGGACAGGAGGAUUACGACAGACUGAGACCCUUGUCCUAUCCCCAAACCGAUGUCUUCCUCAUCUGCUUCUCGCUGGUGAAUCCAGCUUCGUUCGAGAACGUGAGGGCUAAGUGGUACCCGGAGGUGCGCCAUCACUGCCCAAGCACUCCCAUAAUUUUAGUGGGCACCAAGUUGGAUUUGCGCGACGACAAGAACACAAUCGAAAAGCUGAGGGACAAGAAGCUGGCGCCCAUCACCUACCCGCAGGGUUUGGCCAUGGCCAAGGAAAUCGGAGCGGUCAAGUAUCUUGAAUGCUCGGCCCUGACGCAGAAGGGUCUAAAAACCGUUUUCGAUGAGGCCAUCCGAUCGGUUUUGUGCCCCGUGCUACAACCCAAGUCCAAGCGCAAGUGCGCCCUGCUCUAAAAGAGUUAGAGAAAGAGAGUUCACCCAAUUGGACUCGGCUUAAACGUAAUAUUAUUAACUAUAAAACCAUUAUGUAACCUAAGCGUUGGCCAGGCUAAAAGGCUGAUCCGUAGUUUCUUUGUUACAAUUUUGCCACUAAUUUUCGCUGCUACAUGGGAUUCUCCCAAUCAAACAAUUGCUUUCGUUUCGUUUCUGAGUUCGUUUCGUGUGUUCUGUAAUUCAUAAUCCAAUUCUGUUUACCCGUGCAUUAAUUUCAACUAAAAGUUAAAAGCGAGAUGUUUCUAGAUAAAACGGAGAAGUGUAAACUCUAACUGUAUUUUGUAUUAUUUAAUAACUUUUGUAAUUAAAAUUAAUGUUGUAAAACUGAGGUAAAACCAAAAAAACUACAAAAAAAGUGAGGAAAGGACGAGAAUAGCCGCAUAAAGAGCAUAAAAGUAGAUGUCGCCUGUUGAUCGAAGGUCCUCUAGCCGGGAUCAGGAUAUUGAGUCAGUAAAGUAAACGUUCCAUUGCAAUUACACUUACAUUAUUACAUACUUGUAUUUAGAUGUUGUUGGAUAUCGAAGCGACGAAGCGGCAGGUAACAACUUUUUAAACUUUUGCUAGAUCCAGGAACUAUCAAUAUAUAUAUAUAUAUAUACAUGUAUGUAUAAGAUGAAAAGUCCUUCGUAUACUAUGUACUGAAAUUAAAGGCAUCAAACUGAGAAACUUUGAAUACUUUGUAUUUUAAAAAGUUAGAUAUUCAAGAAAACCAACAGCAACAAAACAAGAACGAAACCAAGAUAAUUAUAUAAAUGUGUCUAUUUCAAUGGAAAUCAAUAAAGCAUAAAUAAAAAGAA